GUUUAGAGAGAGUCCAAACCAGAAGUAAAAGUAAAUAAAUAAGGGUUUUGGAAAUUCAACUUAUGAGAUCAUGAUACUGCUACUGAUACAAUUAUUUCAGACUUUACAUGUGAAUACAUGAAAGGUAUAGCUGUAUAUAUAAAGAGCCUGGGUAGUAAGAAGAAAGAAUUCAGAAGAUACAAGAUAGAAUAUUGUGGUUUUCUGAGGUAGACUGAUAGAGUAAAAAUGGGGAGAGGAAGAGUAGAACUGAAGAGAAUAGAGAAUAAAAUAAACAGGCAAGUGACAUUUGCUAAGCGUCGAAACGGGCUUUUGAAGAAAGCUUAUGAACUUUCUGUUCUUUGCGAUGCUGAAGUUGCCCUCAUCAUCUUCUCUAAUAGAGGAAAGCUCUAUGAAUUCUGCAGCAGCUCAAGCAUCCUCAAAACACUGGACAGAUACCAAAAGUGCAACUAUGGAGCACCAGAGCCAAAUAUAUCAGCAACUGAGGCACUGGAUUUGAGUAGUCAGCAGGAGUAUUUAAAGCUUAAAGCUCGUUAUGAAGCUCUACAGCGUUCGCAAAGGAACCUUCUUGGUGAGGAUCUUGGUCCUUUAAACAGCAAAGAGCUCGAAUCACUAGAGAGUCAACUUGAUAUGUCACUGAAGCAGAUUAGAUCAAAAAGGACCCAAGCGAUGUUGGACACACUCACUGAUCUUCAAAGAAAGGAGCUAGCACUCAAUGAAGCAAAUAGGAGUUUGAAACAAUGGUUGAUUGAAUCAAACCAAGUCAGUCUGCAGUGGAAUCCAAUUGCUCAAGAUCAAGAUCAUGUGAGCUAUGGGAGACCACCAGCAGCUCAACCUCAGACAACCGAUCCUUUCUUUCACCCGCUGGAAUGUGAACCUACUCUCCAUAUUGGGUACAGUGAUCCGACAGCAGGGCCUAGCGUGAAUUACGUAUCAGGAUGGUUGCCAUGACAAUUUAACAAAGACUCGAUUAAUAAGAUCAGCCCAAGAUAUACUGUUGCUUUCUACCCCGUUUGUUUCUACUUCCUGUCUUCGUUGCUGAUUGUAGUAGUGUCCAAGUCAUUAGAUGCUGCGGCUUAUAGCGUGCAACAUUGAUUCAAAAAUAGCAUUAGAUGGAUAUCGUGUCAAUCUUUGCUCUAAUACAAUUUAAUUUCAAGCCA